UUUAAAUAAAACUCUGUUAAGUCCGCGUCGUCUACAUAUUCGGGCUCCACACUCGCUAGGUACCUCGAGGAAGUAGACGCAACCCCACCACGCACAUUUCAAAGUACCCGCGCCGACCACCGCUUUCUAAGACCAAUUACCCCCACCAAGACACCCCCCCAGCUUCAAACACAAAACACCCCAAUCCCUUCCCUCCUCGUGCCGAAGAGUCACCGCACAUCAGCCUCCACGAAACCCCCCCGCUUCUGACUCCUGCACAUCCGGCUACAACAACCCCAGCCAUCAAAUACCGUAUUCAACUUGACUCCGACAAUCCAUCGCAGACAAAUACCUCCACCUCCACCUCUAUCUCUAGUUACCUCUAGUCACCUCUACCUCUUCAGAGCUCGGCCUAUUGACCACACCAUCGCGGACUCCUCCUCCUCCCCGAAAAGAAGCAGAAGUCAAGAAGAACCUUAAAAUGACCUUCGCAACGAGCCCUUCCACCCCCUCCGCGAGCACAAUGGACGAAUACGCCUUCCCUUCGCACCGAUUGUCGCGCGCCCUGACCGAUCCCUCCAAGACACCUCUGGUGCUCGUCGCCUGUGGUUCCUUCUCGCCUAUUACCCACAUGCACUUGCGCAUGUUCGAAAUGGCGGUCGACCAUGUUAGGCAGAACAUGAGUGACGAAUAUGAGGUUGUUGCGGGCUACAUGUCGCCCGUGUCGGACCGCUACAAUAAGGCCGGUUUGGCUUCUGCUACGCACCGACUCCGCAUGUGUGAGCUCGCCUGCGACCAGACGUCCGACUGGAUCAUGGUAGACCCAUGGGAGGCCAUCCAGCCCGAAUACCAGCCUACAGCUCUGGUCCUAGACCACGUCGCCCACGAGGUCAACGACGUGAUCGGUGGAAUUGCGCCCUAUGAGGGUGCUCCUCGCAGCGAGUACCGACGCGCACACGUCAGCCUCCUCUCCGGCAGCGACCUACUCCAGACGAUGUCUCAACCUGGCGUCUGGAGCAUCCCCGAUCUGGACCACAUUCUCAGCGGCUAUGGAAUCUUUGUCGUCGAACGAUCCGGCUCAGCCGUUCACGACGCCCUGGCCCCACUAAAGGAGUGGAGCAACGACCUCGGCAAAGACUGGCUAGAGAACAUCCACGUAAUCCGGCAGCUGAUCGCCAAUGACAUCUCCAGCACCGGAAUUCGGCAGUUUCUCCGGCAGGGAAUGAGCGUACACUAUCUCCUCCCUGCCUGCGUCAUAGAGUAUAUCCGCGAGCACGGACUCUACCGCGAGGUCGAGGAGGGGAAGGAGAAGCGCAGCAGCAGCAUGCCUCCGCUCAGCAGGAAGGGCAAGGAGAAGGAGCGACAGAAGGCGGUGAAGGAGAUGGUUGCCGCUGCGGGGGCGAGUCGGAAGGAGUAAUCAAUCAAUCUUCUUCUUUGGGCGCCCCCACGCGGGGAAUGAACUGCAACGAAUCAAACUCGAAAAUGAAUGACUUCUUCUUCUCCUUAUAUUUUAUCUUAUGUACUUCCCGAUUUCCCCCUUUGCUUCUGUACCUAUUACUGUUCUGUUCUGUUCGGGUUCCUUUUCUUUUCUAUUCUUUUCUUGCUUGUAUAACUUUCCUACGUGCUUGCUUGCUCAUUCAUGUCCGUGUUCUUAUAUCAUUUGGGGGGU